AUGAACGCUGGACUGACCACUGUGAUGGCGAUGGGUCUUUCAGCUCACGCUAUCUAUCACUAUCGAAAUGACCCCUCAUGGUGGAUGUAUGUGCCGGCCUAUGGAUUAGCUAGUACUGUUUGCAUUCUGCCACUACCAUCGCUCACGAUUUGGCGAAUUCUCUCCUCGCUCGCGGUCGUCGGAGGAAGUCUUCUGAUGAUGUUCCUUGCGUGGACAUUUCAUAGCCUUGAAAAUGCCGCUGGCCUGGAGCUAAAUGAAGCCAAGAACUUGCUACCAGUAGCAAUAGGAGUGGCUUUGACCGGAAGUACGCGACUGAUGCUGGACACAAGAACUAACCUACUAAAGUAUCCUCGCUUUAUCAUCCUCUCUACCAUUUUAAUUUCCAGUGUUAUCACAGGGGUGUAUUCAAUUAAAUAUUAUUUGUAA